CUCUGACACACAUACUUAGGGAUCCAAGAAAUCUCUACAUAAUUGUUUCGAGCAUUGACCUCCGAAAAUAUCAAGCCCACGAUCUUGGUAAUAUUUCCCAUCAAUCCGCCCGAUCAUUAUACCUUCUCACUAAAUCAUGGAUAACGAGGAAAUCCCCACUGUCCAGGAUGUUAUUAACUUCGCUAGAGAAAACACCAACUAUUACCAGAACCUGCACCAUGAUGUCCAACAGGACAAUCCAGAUCUAGAAGACGUUCCGACAAUCCGCGCACGCCAUUACUGGGCUUUGGCGAGAAUCGACCCCUCCCACGUCUUGACUAGGCCAUUUACCGAAGGCAAGGUCUAUUGCACCGACAAUUCAGCUAGUGACAUUAGCAAUGUCUACUUGACGAAGGAUGAAGUACGCGACCUUGCUAGGGAGAAAGCAAUCCUCUGGUCAAAGGCCUUGAAUCUCGCGAAAGGCGAUCGCAUCGUCAACAUCAUGGCACCCCGUGAUUUACAGGUCGGAUUUUGGGAGAUGGCCAAUUUAUUCAACGGCGUGUAUGCGCCUGCCGAGAGCGCCCAGUUACUUAUAUCGAACGAAAGAUCUGAGCCGCAGAUUACAAGAGAGAUCAUCGGGUUCAAUACGAACGUCAUAUUUGGGGAUAUGUCUGAUCUGACUCGAAUUGUUCAGCACUGCAGUAGGUAUCACAUUACAAUGCAGUCCGUAGCGAUCAUACUUUACCUCGGAAGAACAGUCCCUAAGGCCUUCCAUUCGGUAUGGCUUACCGUAUUUCCGAACGCUAAAUUAUUUGCGCCUUUAUACGACAAGAUCGAUCUAGGUCCCCUAGGUGUUCCAGCCCCUAUCACGACCUCCGAAGGAUGCGAUAUCGACCCGACGUAUAAAGUUUGCGAACGUGUUGCGAAGCUAGAGAUUAUGGCAGACGAUGGCACCAUUAUCAAGCAACCAGGCAUUAAAGGGAAUGUUGUCAUCACUCACUUGAUGCGCCGACUGCAGCCUAUAAUUCGCUAUCCCCUUGGCGAUGUUGCCGAAUGGGUCGAUUAUGAAUCUCAAACUUUCAAGUACUAUGGCAGGGAAUCACUAAAGAUCGAACUUGCCAAUAUCACCCUAGAUUGGGCGUACGUCAAGAACAUAGUCGACAGCGCCGUCGGAACAGACGUUACCAGUCAAUUUCAGUGCGUUCUCCGCUGCCACGGAUCCGGCGAGAAACUCAUCAUACGCUUAGCAUUAGAGAAACCGGGAAACGCUGGUGAAGUGCGUCAUAGAAUUGAAAAGGCGUUAUGGAGAGACUUUUCGAAGUGGAGGUAUCAUCGCGAGUUGGGAGAUAUCCUCUCCAUUCGCAUGGAAUGGAGUGAUGAUGGCCAAUUGGAACGUGACGAGAGAACAGGCGCGCUACGAGAUAUAGUGGAUGAGCGUUAUGGGGAUCUUUAAUACCUACCUAGGUACUUGGGUACCCCUAACGGUCAUGAGCUGAGCAGUGUAAUAACUCAAUCCCAAACCUACUACGGUAUGCCCUGCCUAUGAUUAGCCUUUUUAUUCAAAAA